AUGACUUCCACGUCCGAUGCGUCCGAUGCGCCCGAUACGCGAGAUACCACCCCGCUAGCUUCUUCGGACCUCAAGGAGAAGCGGAGUCCAUCUCCCUUCCAGAUGCUUAGCACCUACCUGUCAUUUCCGACAAGAGACCAGGAGCAAUGGUGGGUGAAGACUGGUCCGGUACUUGGCAGAAUGCUGGAGACGGCCGGUUAUGCAUUAGACCAGCAGUUCAAGUACCUCACCUUGCACCAUAACCAAAUCGUCCCGCGGCUCGGUCCCUACCCUCCGAGAUUCCAGUCCAACCUUACAAUUAGCGGCCUCUUGAUCGAGUUCAGCAUCAACUAUCAGCAGAAGGGGACGAGCCACCCCACAGUUCGCCUCGGACUUGAGCCGGCCGACUCGUUUUCGGGAACCGACAGGGACCCUUUCAACAAGUCUCCGCUGCCAUCUACGCUCAGUCACUUUACGCGAAUGGGCGUCGAGGGGUUCGACCAGCAGCUUUAUACAUACUUCCAACCCAAACACUGCUUGACGGACGAGGAGCAGCUGCGUGUCGCGACCGAAGUACCUGGUGGUGGUAAGCGAACAACACAAGGUGCCCUUGCCUUCAAUCUCGAUGAUCGAGGUAUCAACAUGAAGGGCUACACAUACCCCGGAGUCAAGGCCCAUCUUGCAAAGGUUGAAGUGAAGGACAUGAUCACAACCGCCAUCGAUGACCUAAAGGCGUUGGGGAAGGGGGACUGGAUCGACGCCUGGGCCAAAACCGCCGAAUAUGUGACGGAGAUCAACGGCUGGGGCUUCCACAACCUCUGGGGAUGGGAUUACGUUGAGCCCUCCCAGUCGCGGUUCAAGUUCUACACGUGGCAGUUUGAUGUUCAAGACAUUACGAAACUCGAUGAACUCUUUACGCUUAAUAACCGCGCCGCAAGCCCAACUCACUUGGAGGGCCUGACAUACCUCCACAAACUCUGGGACAUCAUCGACCUCAAGGGGUCGGGCAAGAGGGAACUUCCGCCGGACGCGACUCAACCGCCUGAGAACACCAAUCCAAUGCUGUUGAGCUACGAGAUCAAGUCCGGUAACCCACUCCCCGACGCCAAGGUGUAUUUCCCGCUCCAGGGGUUUAACGACUUGGUCUGUAUCGAGAAGAUUGCGCGCUUCUUUGAGUACUUGGGGUGGAAGGAGCUGGCGGAGUCGUAUCCCACGACUGUGCAGACUUUCUUCCCAGAUCACGACCUGUCCAAAACGUCGCAUCUCGUCUACUGGAUAUCGUUCUCGUACUCUGAGAAGCAGGGCGUCUAUUCCAGCGUGUAUUAUCACGCUAACCCCGAGAUUUAA